AUGGCGUCCAAGGAAGCCGUUUCUGAUAGCAGCGCUGUGGAGGCCACGCACGCGGACAUGAGCAGCUCUUUACACGUGGGUACUAUUUUUCAGGAAGGCCUGCCGAAACAAACUUUGUCCAGCCGAGGACAAAAGCAGGUGGAAACCUUGCUGGACCAUUUCUGUGCAGAGCGCAGCGACUACAAGGACCUUUGCGUUGAAUAUGUCAAGUGGGCGUGGCACGGAACACAACGUGGGCGCCACGACAUGCCUGCGGCCGACGAGCCAGGUUUGGAGUCAGUCCUUGGGGCGGUGUCUGACAGGAAUGGAGCACCUCAUGACUUUACUGUGCCUUCAGCGGUAGAGCGCCUGGCGCAACGACGGACGACAGCCAUGAGCUUCGCGGGCAAGGGCUUCAGCGCCGCGGUCCGCCAAGCCAAUGUGCUAGCCCUGCUCGUCCACUCCUCCAGCUGGCAACUCAUCCUCCUUUUGACAGGCGCAUGCAAAAGGUGGACGCGCAGGAGGAGGAAGGCCCGUGCCACACGCCUGCGCGAGCUCCUGGGCAACACGAGCCCGAAAGCAUCAGCAAUUCCUCCAACAGGCAUGGUCUUGCAGCAAAAACCCCAGCUUCGAAGUCCAGCAGCACCGCGGGAAAGCCUUGGACAUUGCCACGAAGCAGCGGUACCUGGAAGAAUAUCAGAAACGCAAGCCAAGCAACAGGAGGGCAGCAAGCGCCCCGAGAAGUCCAUGCUUGCUGAAAAGGGGAACUUCCCAGGCAUUUUUUCAGGAUGCUUCUCCAACUGGAGCCAACAAAGCCGGAAGCAAAAGUGGGCCCGUGUUUGCAGCAACAUGCCUGCAGCCGCGAAGAAAGCACGCCAGCUUCCAGGCUAG